AACCUGCCCCUCCCUUGGCAAGAUGGCGGCGCCCAGCUGUGGUGCGCCUGGCGUCUGGAUCCGGGGUACCGGCCCGCGUUCGGGGAGUCUCUUCACUCUCGUCUCAAAGGCAUUUUGUUCCACCGCUGCUGCUACUAGUCCUCUGAAUGCCCAGAGAUUGGCGGAGAGGCUCCGAGCCCAGCAACGGGAACAAGAGACGAAAAAGCCGGAACCUACUAACCCUAUUCAGCGGAGAGUGCAAGAACUAGUGCGGUUCACAGGGCAGCUGCAGCGAGUUCACCCUAACGUCCUUGCAAAGGCACUGAGCCGGGGGAUUCUCCACCAGGACAAGGACCUUGUGGUCAUCAGUAAGCCCUACGGUCUCCCUGUCCAUGGUGGUCCUGGGGUCCAGCUCUGCAUCAGUGAUGUACUGCCCAUCCUUGCAAAGAUACUUAAUGGCCACAAGGCAGAGCCUUUACAUCUGUGUCACCGACUAGACAAGGAAACUACAGGCGUAAUGGUGUUGGCUUGGGAGAAAGAUGUGGCACAUCAAGUCCAAGAGAUGUUUAGAACCCGUCAGGUGACAAAGAAGUAUUGGGCCGUCACUGUGCGUGUCCCCAUGCCCUCAGCAGGAGUUGUGGACAUUCCUAUCCUCGAAAAGGAGGUGCAAGGCCAGAAGCAACACCACAAGAUGACGUUGUCUCCAAGCUACCGCAUGGACAGUGGUAAAAUGGUGAAAGUGCGGACCAAUCGGAGUGCCCAUGUUGCUGUGACUCAGUACAAGGUGCUCAGCAGCACUCUCUCAUCUGCCCUUGUGGAGCUCCAGCCUGUUACUGGAGUGAAACAUCAACUUCGAGUUCAUCUGUCUUUUGGAUUGGAUUGCCCAGUCCUUGGUGAUCACAAGUACUCAGACUGGAAUAGGUUGGCCCCCCAGAAGCUUCCUGUUGGAAUUCUGAAGAAGUUGGGACUGAAACAGUCCAAGGCCCGACACAUCCCCCUUCAUCUGCAUGCCCGUCAAUUGAUGCUGCCUGCCCUGGGGUCCAGGAAGGAGGAACUCCACUUGGUCUGCAGGCUUCCUCGCUUCUUUGCACAUUCUCUACAUCGUCUGGGUUUAGAGAUGCCAAAUCAGGAUCAAAAUGGGGACUUUGAAGCCGGGCAUCUGAGAGCACAGUGAAGACUGUUUAGCCCCUGAGCUUUGCUUUGUUUCAUAAACUUUUUAACUUCUCACUUGGAACAGACUCCAGAAGAGCCUGGUGGGGUAAAUUGAAGAAACUUAGCUGCAUUAGGGCUUUUAAUAAAUAAUUAAAAAAGCAAACAAACAAACAAAAAAUCUAUUCACUGAGAAUUUGAUCAUGCUGUGAAAAAACCUGCUAGAAAUUUCCCCACCACAGGGUCUCCUUGCAAGAGAACCCAGGACCAGGGAGAUUGGUGCAGUAAUGGGAAAAAGGAGAACUGAAGGACAGAAUCUGUGGUCAGGAACUGUUUUCAUCCCACAGAAAGCUUUAGAGCUAUUAGGGAGAUUUCUAUCAUUGUAAAGAAUAUAAUGGUUAAAAACAUAUUGCAGAAUCCAGGGAUUCUUUUCCAGCUAUCACAUGGAUCCCUCACUGCGCUAGUGAUUAUGGAAUCCAGGAAGGGAGUGUUCAGGGUCUGGUUGGGGUGGGGCAUUUGAUAAGAAAGCAGAUUUAUGUAAAUGGAAGGCAGAUAACAUAAAUGAGUGAAACUGACAGGAUGUAAGGCAGCGGUGGGGACAGCAAGAAGCUCACACAGUUUUGUUUUGUUUUUGUGCCAGGGAUUGAAUCCAGGGAUGCUUACCUACUGACCCACCUCCCCAUCCCUUUUUGUAUUUUAGAGAGAGGCUUUCACUGAAUUGCUUAGUGCCUUGCUAAAUUGCUGAGGCUGACUUUGAACUGGUGAUCCCCUGCCUCAGCCGCUGAGGUUACAGGCAUGCACCACCACACCAUGCUUCAUACACUCUUAACAGUUGUUAGCUCCAGUUGGUUGUUGCCCUGUGGGGGCAGAUUUUCUAAUUUUUUUCAGAGACUCAGGAAAUCCAGAUGUUAUGUGAACUCUCCUAGCCCAUUGCCAGCUACAUCAAAAUUUUAAAGACACUUAGCAAGCAUAUAUGUAGGAUGAAUUGGUCUGCAGGUUGCUAGUAUGCAAUCUGUGUUUAAUGAGUAGUGUAGAAGUUUGGAGAGAGAAGCCAUCUUGAAAGUUUUGGAUCAGUAGCUGGCAUUUCAGCUGCCUAUACUUUAUGUCCUUUCUAGACUAGGGGAUAGCUUUGAUUAAUCCAUGAAUGUGUGAUUAUAAGGGAGCUGUCAUUUUUUAAAAAAAAAUGUUUGUUUUGAAAACAAACCUCCUGUUCUUAGUUGUCAGGAAGGAGGUGGUCAUGGUCAAUACUACUAGUGUACAAAUUUCCUUGGCCUCCCUGGUCAGUUGAUUCAUCAGGCUCUUCUUUCUCCUUGCACACAGUUCAGUCUUUUAUUGGGGGUGGGAGUUUACCAGGGAUUGACCUCAGGGCAAGCACUCUACCAACUGAGCUAUAUCCCCAGCCUCUCAGCCAUUUUUUAAUUUGUUUUUUGAUUUUUUUGUAGUUGUAUAUGGACAGCAUGCCUUUAUUUUAUUUAUUUGCUAAGGAGUUUUAUUUAGUUGCUAAGGAGUGAACCCAGUGCCUCAUGCGCUAGGCAAGUGCUCUGCCACUGAGUUACAGCCCCAGCCCCACCCCCACCCCUUUUUGUACUUCUUUUACAGAGAGGGUCUCACUGAGUUGCUUAGUGCCUCACUAAAUUGCCGAAGCUGGCUUUGAACUCGGGAUCCUCCUGCCUCAGCUUCCUGAGCUGUUGCGAUUACAAGCUUGUGCCAUGUCGCUUGGCCACAGUUCAGUCUUAUACACAAAUGCAUCACACACUACUUUGGACUGAGCUGAAGAAAGAGUGACAGCACAUCAAAGGGAAAAGCCCCAGGACAGCUUUUAUAUGCUCCCUCUGUAUAUAAGUUGACCCUUCUAUUCAUGGUUUCUUGUAUGGUUCCAGUUACCUGUGGUCAACCACAGUCUGAAAAUGUUAGAUGAAAAAUUUCAGAAAUAAUUCCUAAGUUUUAAAUUAUACACCACUUUGAGUAGCAUGAUGAAAUCUUGCACUGUCCCAUCCAUCCCAUGUGGGACGUGAGUCAUCCCAUUGCCCAGUGUGUCCAUGCUCAUGCUGUAUAUGCUACCCAUUAUUUAGUCACUUAGCAGCUCUCAGUUAUCAGAUCACCUUUCUCACUAUCAUAGUAUUGGUGUUCAAGUAACAUUUUUACUUG